GCAUAAAAGCAAAACAAAAUAAUAUUCGGAUUGUUUUUAUUUGAGCAUUUUGCACUGAAGUUUUGCUUUCAGCAGCAUCGGUGCAACAUUUCGGGUGCAACAGCAUUCAGUUGUAAAUUCAAGUACAGCAUCACAAGUUGUGCAUCAAUAAUUCGAUUCAUUUUAAAUUCAAAAUCCUUCAAUAAAUAUACUUUUUUUUCGAAAUGGCAACCUGUUGCACCAUUCGAAAACUUAAUUAUUUAUCAGCCAUUUUCUUUCUGGUUGUUGGUGUAAUUGGAAUUUCAAUUUGCUUCAUAUUUUUCGCCCUUUCCAAAGAUGAGAAAUUUUGGGAAGAAUUUGGUGAAAGUAAGACAUGGUCAUAUACGUUUAUAUCCAUAUUCCUGAUAUAUACCCUUAUAUUAGUUGGCACAUCAAUUUUUUUAAUUAUUGGACUUAGAAAGAACCGUUACGAUUUUAUGAAACCGUUCAUCUAUACCGUCUAUUCGGGUAUUGUAUUUACAUUGUCUGUGGCAAUACGGGUUUUCUUUAAGGGUUUGAGGAAGAAGCAACCUGUUGGCCAACUUGCGCUGGAAUUGUUUAUCGAUAUAGCUGUGUGCGCUUUCCAAGGUCUUUUACUAUAUCCUGUGUACAAGUACUAUAAGGAUCUAAAAGCCAAUCGGUUUUUGCCAGAGCAGCAUACCCUGAAUGGCAAUCAACCGCUCAAUAAGCCCAACUAUCAUCCAAUUCAGGGUCAGGCUUAACAUGAAAGAUGGUUGUUGCAGCAUUAAUUGGAAACUUCAACUCUAAAUUUUAAGUCACUGAUUUAUGAAGAUAUACUAACUAUUAUAUUAAAGCACCGCAUUUUUUAAUUUGAAUUUAAAAAAUACAUUUAAUAAAACAAA